UCCUUCUUUAAAAUCAGUUUGAUUACCAGACAGAGACCAAAUGCACACAAAAAAAAAAAUGGUCAUGACUUUUCCACUCAUCUUCUUCACCGUCUUCUUCGCCGCCACUCUCUCCGCCGUCGCUGCCGAUCUCCACGUAACCAGAUCACGUUUCAAACCUCCUCUCUUCUUCUCUGCUCUUCCUCAAAACGUCACCAAAUCCCGUACUCGUUACUUCGAGGUUCAAAAACCUCCCGUACCAAAUCUUCCGACAUCUCAACCACCAUCGUCAUGCUCGUAUCAUAUUCUCCACCAUGACUUUGGUUACACCUACGCUAAACCACCGGUUCUCGCCAAUUACACACUUCCCUCCCACUGCUCGUCGGCUCGAGAGUUCUCCAAAAUCGUCCUCGACUUCAAAUCCACCAGCAAAGGAAGACAGUUCGAUCGUAUCUUCGGAGUUUGGCUCGACGGCGUUGAGAUUCUCCGGAGCUGCACCGCCGAGCCUAGACCAAACGGAAUCGUUUGGUCAGUUGAGAAAGAUGUCACCAAGUAUCACUCUAUCCUCGUCAAGAACGAGACUCAGAUCCUCGCUGUGUAUCUCGGUAAUCUUAUAGAUAAGACCUAUACUGGUGUUUACCAUGUCGACGUCACCUUCCAUUUCUAUCAACUCGAAAAGAAUCUUGAAGAUUCUUCUUCUUCUUCUGGUUACAGCUCUCCUCAAGCUGAUAUGAUCUUGCCUGUUUCUAGAAACCUUCCCUUAAACGAUGGGUUGUGGUUUGAAAUUGUGAAUACGAGUGAUUCCAAGUAUAAGGAGUUUGAGAUCCCUAGGAAUGUGUAUAGAGCUGUUCUUGAGGUUUAUGUUUCUUUCCAUGAGAAUGAUGAGUUUUGGUAUGGUAAUCUUCCUAAUGACUUCGUUACUGCUAAUAAUCUCAGUGUUGCUGGUAAUGGACCUUUUAGAGAAGUUGUGGUUAGUCUCGACGGUGAUAUUGCUGGUGCUGUUUGGCCUUUCCCUGUUGUUUUCACUGGUGGGAUCAAUCCUUUGCUUUGGAGACCAAUUACUGCUAUUGGUUCUUUUGAUUUGCCGAGUUAUGAUGUUGAGAUCACGCCGUUAUUGGGAAGAUUGUUGGAUGGGAAGACUCAUAAGGUCGGGUUUAGUGUGACAAACGCGUUGCAUGUUUGGUAUAUCGAUGCGAAUUUGCAUCUUUGGUUGGAUCAGGAGAGGGAGAUAGUGGAAGGGACGGUGUUGGAGUUCAGUAAAAGCUCGUUGAAGCUUAGCUCUGUCUCAGACUUUAAAGGCAUGAAUGGGAACUUCACGACGAAAGCAAAGAGGUCGAUAACUUCGAUCGGGUUGGUCAAAUCCUCUCAUGGGGACAUUAUAACCAAUGCUAAUCAAGAAUUCACCUAUGGAAACACGAUGGUUUUAGGUAAAGAUGGGGGCUUGCAGAUCAUAGACCAGUUGAUCCAAGCCGAUGAUCGUAUUCACGCCAAGAAAGCCGCGAGAGAGGUAUACUGCGCGAAAUCCAUCAAGAGGUUUCCUUUUUACCUCUACUCUGACUCUUUAGAGCAGCAGAAUGACACAUCUCUGGAGAUUUCGAAUGUCACGAUGGAGUUCAACGAGGAGAGAUCAGAGAGCGACAAAGGGUUGAUGAGAACAUUCAAUAGCAAGCUUGAAAACAAGCAAGAUGGGCAAGGGGUUAUGGUGGUGAAGAAUAACUUAGUGGUCAAUGGAUAUGGAAGCACACAACAAGUGUAUAGAUAUGUUGGAAGUGACCAAUGCUACUUCAGAAACAUUAGCAGCUCCAACUACACCAUUCUAUAUGACAAGCGUGAAACUGUUUGCAAGAAGAAAACGCUGAAACUGCCGCCACGACUCGAGCAUCUAACCAGACAACAUCAUUUACUGGCUUGAUAUAUGACCAGAGACAAAAAAACCUCGCUCUUGCUGUGAUUGACAAUUGGAAAAAGAAACAUCACAAAUAAAUAAUAAACUUUCCAUGUUCCUUCUGUUUUUUUUUCCAGUUUUUGGUCAGAUUUGAUGUAUGUCAUUAUGCAAUUGCAAGAAGGCUCACGCUGAACUGUGUAGCCUUCGGACUUUACUUCAAAACACGCAGAUGUGAGAAUAAACCGAUCAAUUUGAAGUGUUA